UCUUUUUCUACAGUACUGUGACGGCGAUAGGACGUGCGUGUUAGUUUCGUUUAUUUCAUUGGCCGUCGGCUAAAAUAUAAGAAAAAGUCAUUGUACACUGCUCCCGAGGCCGACUUAUUUUUUAAACAAAAACAUUACAAGCCCGCAAAAUAUAAAUUUUCGAAUAGGCUUUGGCGUUUUCUAGUUUGUGUGUUUAGCGCAUAACCAUUUAUCCACAACAAAAAACAUUCAAAAUGCCACAAAAGACCAAUGGACACGGCGCUGCCAACGGCUGCAAUGGCAGCAACGGCAAUGGAAAUUCCUACGACAUGGAGGAUGGACAGACAUUCUUAUUUACUUCCGAGUCAGUUGGAGAAGGACACCCAGACAAAAUGUGUGAUCAAAUCAGUGAUGCUAUUUUGGAUGCACAUCUUAGACAAGAUCCCAACGCUAAGGUGGCAUGUGAAACUGUGGCAAAGACUGGAAUGAUCCUGCUUUGUGGCGAAAUCACCUCCAAGGCUGUUGUGGACUAUCAAAAAGUGGUGCGUGAAACUGUGGAGCACAUUGGUUAUGAUGAUUCAUCCAAGGGUUUCGAUUGGAAGACGUUGAAUCUGCUCGUUGCCAUUGAACAACAGUCGCCCAAUAUUGCUAAUGGUGUGCACGUGAAUCGCGAAGAAGAGGAUGUCGGCGCUGGUGACCAGGGUAUUAUGUUCGGCUAUGCCACCGAUGAGACAGAGGAGUGUAUGCCUCUAACGGUUGUGCUGGCACACAAAUUGAACGAGAAGAUUGCUGAACUGCGCCGCUCCGAUGUGUUCUGGUGGGCUCGUCCAGAUUCCAAGACCCAAGUGACAUGUGAAUAUCUCUUCAACCAGGGAUCGGCAGUGCCUAAGCGCGUACACACCAUUGUUGUGUCCAUGCAGCACUCGGACAAGAUUUCUCUGGACACUCUGCGCUCUGAAGUUAUGGAGAAAGUCGUGAAAGUUGUCAUUCCCGCCAAAUACUUUGAUGCCAAUACAAUUGUCCACAUCAAUCCCUGCGGAUUGUUUGUCAUUGGCGGACCAAUGGGUGAUGCUGGUUUGACUGGACGUAAGAUCAUCGUCGACACAUACGGUGGUUGGGGUGCCCACGGUGGUGGAGCAUUCUCCGGCAAAGAUUUCACAAAGGUCGAUCGUUCGGCAGCAUAUGCGGCGCGUUGGGUAGCCAAGUCGCUGGUUAAGGCUGGACUCUGCAAGCGCUGCUUGGUGCAAGUCUCUUAUGCUAUUGGCUUGGCAGAGCCACUUUCGAUCACCGUGUUUGACUACGGCACCUCUCACAAGUCGCAAAAGGAACUACUGGCCAUUAUCAAAAACAACUUUGACCUCCGCCCUGGAAAAAUUGUCAAAGACCUCAAUCUGCGCCAACCGAUUUAUCAACGCACUAGCACAUAUGGCCACUUUGGACGCGAUGGUUUCUCAUGGGAGCAGGCAAAGCAUUUGGAAAUCAAUUGACUAGACGCUGAAACGCCGAUGCCGAUGCCGCAGUCACCAUGUGCUAAAAGAUUGAGGACGAUAACAGAAUCAACAGCAGCGACGACGUAAUUUUUAGUUCUUUUUUAGUUUACAAAAUAAGUGACGCAAGCAAUAGGCUUGUCAGCUACAUAGGCUUUCAUUUCUAAGCUAGAACCUCCCACUUUAAAUUAUACAUAUGUAUGUAUAUGAGAUACCAUUAAUACAACUUAUUUGUAAUGGUUUGCAUAUAAUACUAUCAAAAGAAGGCUCAAAUACUAACUGAAGAGCUUCAGUUUUAUCACAAUGAAUUGUUGCUACCACCAACAGCUGAUUUCUCUUGACUUUUCGGUUUUUACGGCUGUAAAACAAAACAACGAUCAUGCACAUAUUUCUUUUUAUAAUUAAUAUGCUUUCCCUUGUCAAUGUGGUGGUAUUAAACCAGAAUUGUAGACAACCUAUUUGUACAUUACUUACACUUAACAAGUUUUGUAUUUGCCGUAUUUUCCUUUACAAAAAUAUAUUUCUAAAAUACA